GGAUAGUUAGGUCAGUGCACGUGUAGCCUCCUUUCCGUCACGUGCUGAGCCCCUCUCCGCGUGCAACACCUGGGAUGUGACGCUCAUUUUACUGAACUACCAUUAAAAUUACUUGAACUGUGGCUCAAACUACACAAUAUAUCAAUACGUUGGACUUAAAUUUGGCUGAAAGUGGACAUCAUAAUAUAUGAAGAAAGGUAAUCACAUCGAGUGAAGAAGUUGGUUUAGCGAAUAUAUUUUGGCCGAGAAAAUAUUGCCUUCCCUGGCGAGUCCGUGGGCUGUGACUCAUCAAGGAGGAAGUGAUGUAAACAUGAUUAUCAGACAUCUAUUGAUAAAUAUUGUCAAUAGUCAAGACUAACGAGAGGCCGACAUGCCGACAAUGUUAAGGAAACAAAAGUGCAGUAUGUGUAGGAAAGCUGAGUGGGCGCUGUUCCUUCUGCUGUACCAUUUUACUGCUGUUCCCGUUCAAGGCUCUAACGUGUGUAAUGUACCACUGGGAUUAGAAGAUGGCUCUAUACCUGACUCCAGCAUCUCUUCAACAGUGGCGGACAGUAAACCCGAGGAAGCCCGACUGCAGGGACAAGGUGCCUGGUGCUACAAAGGCCCUGCUGACCCUAGGACUGAGGUCUCCAUCACGAUUGAUCUGGGCAAAGUUAUGCUCGUCUCGGCCAUACAGACUUCAGGUCCGCCCGAAUCCGUGUUCCCCGCCAGUUACUACUAUAUGGUGGGAUUUAAGGUCUUCAACACUACCGCCGCUGAACCUGAGAACGACAAAGAGUGGGACGUCUGCUGCAGCGAGACCAUAGAGUUCUUCGCCAGCGAUACCCGAACGGAGAUAGGAGUGGUCAGUACUUUCCCUCUGCCGUACUUGAUGUUGACCCGCUAUGUACGUCUCCGCUUCAAAACAGAGAUCCGCUCCAUCGGUAACCUUAUCAAGUGCUUCCGCCUGGAGUUGCUCGGUUGUCCCCCAGACGUUGAGCCAGUGAGCCAGGUGGAGUUGAAGGCUGAUUCAAGAGGGUGGGUGGUGGUCUCAUGGAGACAACCAGUCAUACAGAUGCCUCAGGCUGACGGCUCACUGGUAGAGCUUAACCUUACUACCACCAACUACGUCGUGAGUAUAGAACGUAGUGGCGGCGGAGACCAGAAUGAGAUUGUUCAAGAGAGUGUUGAGGCUUACCGCUACAUGCUGCCAGGACCAAUAUGGGGCGCCACGUACAAAGUGACAUUGGUGUGUGGUCAUCAGAGCUUCAACUUGACGUGUGGGUCCGCCAGCCUCACUGACACCCUGGACGUGUGUGACCUCGAGGUAGACGACUGCACUACCAAGGAACCAGUGGUAUUCCGGAGACCAUCAGAGGUAAAGGCGGCGGUGGUGGGUGACGGGGAGGUAAUGCUGUUCUGGAGCGUUGACUCGCCUGGUUGGAUCACUCCGACACUCUCGUUACAGAUCCUCGACAAGACAGCCAACACACUGCUGAGCGAGAAGAACAUUACCAAAGAUGAGGUCAGCACCAAGAUGACAGGAGUAGAGGGAGGCAAGUCGUAUACUGUUGCGCUGUUACCUCAAGCUGACUCUAAACCUCUCGCUAAGUUCACCUUCGAUCUAUACAUAAUCCCUUGGCAGGAUGUGAACCAGUCAGUGCUCAACAGUGGCUACGGCGCCUUUGUAUCUGAUGUGGGGCUGAGAGUUGACAUCCUCUGGAAUGGCACGCUCAAAGUAACGUGGGCAGUGGCAAAGGUACGGGAGCUGCCCAGAGUCGAGGACACUGCGGCUACAGACAGUACAGAGACCAGUGACUCUACAGAUGAAACCAACGCUGAGGAUGAAACCAACGCUGCAGAUGAAACCAGCGCUGAGGAUGAAACCAACGCUGCAGAUGAAACCAACGCUGAGGGUGAAACCAACGCUGCAGAUGAAACCAACGCUGAGGGUGAAACCAACGCUGCAGAUGAAACCAACGCUGCAGAUGAAACCAACGCUGAGGGUGAAACCAACGCUGCAGAUGAAACCAACGCUGAGGUGAAACCAACGCCGCAGAUGAAACCAACGCCGCAUGAAACCACGCUAACCAACGCUGCAGAUGAAAACCAACGCUGGAGGAUGAAAACCAACGCUGCAGAUGAAACCAACGCUGAGGAUGAAACCAACGCUGCAGAUGAAACCAACGCUGCAGAUGAAACCAACGCUGCAGAUGAAGCCAACGCUGCAGAUGAAACCAACGCUGCAGAUGAAGCCAACGCUGCAGAUGAAACCAACGCUGAGGGUGAAACCAACGCUGCAGAUGAAACCAACGCUGCAGAUGAAACCAACGCUGAGGGUGAAACCAACGCUGCAGAUGAAACCAGCGCUGAGGAUGAAACCAGCGCUGAGGAUGAGGACACGGAAGGCACUCCUGGAGAAACUGUUGCCACGGCCUUCAUGUACUCCGUCUUGGUCACCAGUAAUGGCGAGGAAUUGGUAAAGAAUAUAACCCAGAACAAGGAAGGCGAGGAGGAGGAGGUACGGGUGGACAUAACGCUACUAAAGUUCGAGACUAAUUACAGCGUUCACCUUACCUGCUACUUCGGUGAGGAUGCCAUCGACUGUGGCACCACCUCAGCGUUCACAGCGUUGCCCCUACACUGUACCUACGUGGAGGAGGCCCUGCUGGUGCACACUGUGGCCGAGGGCUAUGGGGGUUGGGAGCAACAGGAAGAACAGUGCAGGAGGAGCCACGGUCACCUGGUGUCACUGGCCACCAUCGAGGAGGACGAGACUUUGCUGGACACCAUCCUCACCGACUCAGACAAACCUAACCCGGAGGAAUACUGGCUGGGACUCAACAUGUGUCCUGCAUACACCGGUAACGAGUGGAGCGACGGGUCCUUGUGGCGACAUACUCGUCUACCAGCCAUGAACGCCCAGCUGUCGAGCACCUCCUGCUGUGUCAAGGCCAUCUGGGACAAACAACAGCAAUACGUUUGGUACGGUGAGGUGUGCAACGCCCUCCUGCCUGCCAUCUGUGAGUUCCAUCCUGAAGGUAUGGUGGGGACGGUGCAGAACUUGGGGCGACUGGGGGUUAACAGCAGCUCAGCGGGGGUCAACUGGACCUACGCGGGCCAGUACUGGACACCCACCUAUCUCUCUAUCAAAUACUGCACCUUUAGGAACCUUAAAAACAUCCUCACCGAUACUGGCAAUAUCACCGACCCGUGCCAUUCAAGUAAUGUCGAGGUGAACGCCAUAGGACAUUCGCAAACGGACCUCCAACCCUUCACUGAGUACCAAGUCGAGGUGGCAGCGUACCUCCAACCAAUCAAUUACACUGGGAAGGCGGCAAUUAUUUCCGUCCGCACCUCCCCGGAGGCGCCGCUGCUGGUCGAGUUUGACGAAAAUGGCUUUAUGCACGUCAUGUGGGCACAGAAGGUGACAGAGUUUGGGGAGAAGGACUACGCGAACCUGAAGAUGACCGAAGCGGCCAAACCCAGUAAAGUUAUCCACGAGAAGAAGAUACAGGUGGUAGGGGUGGUAGGCACAAAGCUGGACGGUCUCGCGUUCGGGCGUAACUACACCAUCACCCUCCAAGAGUUAGGCGGACAGGAACGUACCGAGACAAUCAGCGUGCGAGCCUACCCACCGUGUGACUGUAGGGAAUACCAGGUGGAUGGUUUGUGUUUCCUGACGUCCACGACGCCAGUGAAAGCCGCCUCAGCCAUCGAGAAAUGUACAGACUCUGCAAACAGCUUGGCCACCGUCACCAACAGCCGGGAAGUAGACCUCCUGCUGCAGAUGGCAGAAGAUAAGGGGGACGACUUAUGGGUCUCUCACACCUCCAAGAAACUAAAGGCUACAGAUACCUUGGGCACAGCCGCCCUCAUAGAGACAGAUGAGGCAGAAUUAUUGGACAUUGAAACAACGGAAGAGUCCUCUGUGAACGUCCAGCCCACAGAGUGUCUGAUGGUGUCUAGGGUGGAGCGUGCUGUGGUGGUCGAACAGUGCACCAACGCUCACAGAACUGCGUGUAGCCACAAGGUCCCAGUGGGCAAGGCGUUCACGGGCCUUACAAUGAAAUCUGGCCGCAACUGGAUCACUCUGGACUGGGACAGAGAAGCCUUCAAGUGGAAAGCCAAGUAUGCAGUCAGGUACCAAAGAUCGAGUGAGAAGAGGUACAAGAGAGCAUUACACUAUGUACCCAUUAAAGAACCACCAGUGACUAUCAGACACCUAAACCCCAACACGGCCUAUACACUCGAACUGGAGGCCGUCCUAGAUGACGACAUCAUUUCCACCUCACAAGAAUUUGAGGUCUACACCAACAACAAAACAGAAGCGAGAACGUCACCCCAGAUAUUAUUAGGUGGUUUCGACAUAAGAGACACACAGGUCAUCGAGCUCGUGUGUAACUCUCUCCUGGUGGUGGCCUGCAUCACUACCAUGCUUCUCUUCUUCGCCACAGGGAUGUUCUACCAGGACUGUGUGGCUCAGAUGGGUUUCCAGUGUAGCCUAAUAGCCGCCUACCUCUGCCUGCUACUUGCUCACCCAACAUACGUCAACCCAGAUUAUGAGACUGGAUGUAUCGUGUUGGCGGUGGUGCUGCAUCUGUUGUUCUUCUGUGCCUUUAUGUUCCUCAUGCUGGAGGCACUCACCAUCGCCCACCUCCUCGUUAUCCACAUCAAAAGUCCCUUCCAGAAAUCCAACUGGCUGAUGGUGAUCUUUGGGGUGUUUGUUCCGCUGGUGGUGGUGAGCGUGUCAGCUGGCUUCCUCUACAACGAUUACCCGGACUUCUCCAGACAGAACUGUUGGUUAAAUCCCUUGGGAGCAGUCGUGUACGUUGAGACAGUCCCCAACGGCAUCUUGAUCAUAGCCACAACCGUCCUAAUCUUGAACACCGUCUGCAGCGCUGAGACGUCCCCGGAGCUCAUCGAGGUUAACCUUCGUGGCAGACAGAGUGACGGCCACAAGCUGCGGUGGGUGGUGUUGGCGCUGGUGGUGGAGCUGGCGAUAGUGUGGGGACUAGGCGUCGCCACCUACCAUCAGGGUGACCAGGGUACCUACAUGGCCUUCUGCAUCUUCACUCUUAUCCUCGCCUUCACUAUCGUGGGUGCCAGGACUCUACUGGACGACACGUUCCGCAGCAAGAUGCAUCGGCUGUGUUGCGGCACUGAACUCACCUACAAACGCAGCGAAAUCCUGGGCAUCAGCGCCAGGUCUCGAAUCAGCCCCAGCGAUAGCUCCUCUGCUUCCACCGCCAGGAUGAUAACACCAGUAGGCACCAAACCACUCGCGGUAAACAACACACUUGCCAGUGCAACACCUGCUGGGAGCAGAGUGACCUCAGCAGCUGGGAGAGUUUCCCGUUCAUCUGACAGAGCUUCUUCAUCGCUGGAUAGAACUACUCCCUCAAUAGGUAGAAUCACACCCUCGGGCGGAACAACUACCCCUUCAGAGGGCAAAUUCACCCCUUCAUUAGGCACCACAGUCUUCACGAUACGGAGCGUCAUCCCUCCUUUGUGUCGAACUACCCCAUCCAUGUCUCCAAAGAGCAUAAUAGAGUCGUUGCAGGAAUCACCUGGACCAACAAGAGACAUCAUUCAGAGUCCUGUCGAGCGUGCUGAGUCAACCUGUACUAUCAGUUCCACAAGCAGGAACAGCCACAGUGUCAUCCCUAUAGAGGCGGUGGAGGAAGAUGUGGUGCAGCAGACGUUGCCGGGCGCCAGCCAGUUCUCUGGGAACGAGGAACGCAGAAGCCAGGUCACCACCACAUCCGGGUACUCCCUUCCCAACACACCCAAUGAGGAAAACACCCAGAGCCACGUCCUUGUCAAGCGAGUCUACAACUUCUCCGAUGAUGACCCUAUGGACGUCCAGUAGCUCUGUGACACGUAACCUCGUGCUGGCUCUAGAUCCUGUGUGUAUUGACCGUGGGUGUAGGUACUUGGCAAACCAAAGUUGGACUCUUGGCAGUAAGCUAACCUUGACUGUAGUCUGGUUCUGGCUAUAAUGAUCUGUAACCCGAUUUUAGUUAUGGUCUGGCCUGGCCUGGCCUGUAUUACAACCUGACUGGCUGUGGGCUGAACUGUGCAGGUUACUUGUGCUCCAAGAUCUGUUUGCUGUACUCCUCUGAUAGAUCAAAGUAAAAACUAAUCAAAUAUCAACGAGAUAACGGAACACUUCACACAUUUCUUUCGUAGAGAUUCUUUAAUUCUGUUUAGUGUUUUGAUGUUAAGUGUUGUGAAAUAUUACCGAAUUACCUGUGAUUGUCUCUGUUAACACAAUUUAUGUUUAAUUCAGUGUUGGAAUUUUUUUUUAUUCAGAUUAACUAUGUAAGUCUUUUAACCCAUGAGAGUAAUGAUUUUCUAAAUUUUCUUGAAAUUUAGAA